AUGACGGGGGUCUGGAACAAGUUGACCGCCCAUAUCGGUAGGUCUCUGCAGACGUCGUCUUUGGUCUCAAUCUGUAUUCAGUCUUGAUUACUUCAUUCCAGGCUCAAUCUUCCAUGAGAACAAAAGAGAGCCCACCGCCCUGAGGCCAUCGACCUCACUUUCUGCUUUAAAUCAGAAGAAUCUGAAAGUAGUAAGGCCCUCAAAAUCCACUGAAAACCUGUACAGAGUUGGGCCUGAAUCCGGAGGUAACAGGAGCAAAACGUGGAAAAAGAUAUCGUCAGCGAAGUUGUUCCAUUUCCGGAGCCGAACACCAAGAAAGGAACUAGAAACAGGUAUAUUAUACAAUUUUAACAAAGCUUUACAGUCAGACUGUUCAGGCUGUAGAAAAGCCGACUUCUGUCCGCUUUUCAUUACGCAUUUUCAGAAGUAAAUCGAGCAGUUCGAAUUCCAAAUGGUUCUUUCCCUCUGGUUUUAUCUGCUUCGUGGCAUUCGAAUCUGGCAGAGUCGUGUGUCCAAGUCCCCAGAGGCCAGACACCGAAUGAUUACAUUCACAAACAUGCUUCUAUUGAUGAUGGAGCGGCAAAGCAACGUCCGAAAAGAGCCAGGUCUAUCAGUGCUCAGGUCCGGGCCCAAGUAGUCCCACGGUCCACAACUCCCGGGUUCAGGACACCUCAACAUUCCUUCCUCAACGUCAAAAACCGGACUGAUCUUGAUGCCCGAUUCUUGGCGCUCAACAUUAACGACGAAGAUAUACAGAUGAGUAAUAAUGACUUUAUGUACAAAAGAUUGGAAACAAUUGGAUCCGGGUCGUAUGCGACGGUUUAUAAGACUCAGAACAGGAUGAGUGGACAGUUUUUCGCCCUCAAAGAGAUCAAACUGCAACCACAAGAGGGGCUUCCUUUUACGGCAAUACGGGAAAUCAGUCUUCUGAAGGGCUUAAAGCACACCAAUAUCAUCAGAUUGUAUCAGAUUGUGCAUCAACCCCAUGCUCUUGUCCUGAUCUUUGAGUACAUGGUAUGUGUUUUAUUCGUAAUAGGAGUUCUUGUCAGAAAACGGACCUCAGCAAGUACAUGGACAACUUCAAGAAUGGCCUGGACCCUUUCCGAACAAAAUUAUUUCUUUUUCAACUCCUGCGUGGCCUCGCGUUCUGUCAUGAACGAAAGAUCUUACACAGGUACGACUACUGGAUGGGAAGUAUUUGCUUUUAGAGAUCUAAAACCUCAGAAUCUGCUUGUAUCGGAAACCGGGGAACUCAAGUUGGCGGACUUUGGACUGGCCCGAGCCCAGUCGGUGCCUUCCAAGACCUUCUCCCACGACGUUGUCACUCUCUGGUACCGUCCCCCCGACGUUCUCCUCGGCUCUACGCAUUACUCCACUUCUUUGGAUAUGUGGUAUAACACAUUUGUACGAAAUGAUAAUUAAUUUCAGGGGCGUGGGAUGCAUCUUCGCGGAGAUGAUUACUGGAUUGGCCGUCUUUCCCGGAGGCAAUUGCGUGGCUGAUCAACUGGACAGGAUCUUCAGCAUCAGAGGGUUGCCUCAGGAUUCCGAUUGGCCCGAGGCGAAGUCUUUGCCCAAGUUCCAUCAAUAUUCCUUUGCCCAUUACUCCGAAUUGUCCUGGGGAUUGGUGGAUCCUCAAUUGGAAGAGGUCGAGGACAAUGGCGCAGACCUUUUGUCAUCAUUCCUCAUGGUAUGUUAGAUUAUUCUGCAUUUAUUCUCGCAGCUGAACCCGCGUCUUCGUAUCUCCGCCUUCCAAGCCAUGCAUCACGAAUACUUCCAUUCUCUGCCAUCUUCAAUUCACUGCUUGGAUCCGGAAGAACCGGUGUUUAAUGCCUUCAAACAUACGAUAAUUUAA